AUGGUGCUCACAGGCCCUACAGAGACAAACACCAUAGAUGUUGGACAAGAUGAGCAUGGAAGAGAAAUAGAAGGGCACCCGCUUGGCCAAAUACAGAGUCUAAACGAACAAGAUGCCCAAGACCAGUAUGCCAUUGAGGCAAUGGAUUACGGCGACGGCAUCCUCUCUGGCAUCCGCUCCAGGACACGCAGUCACACCGACCACAUCAUCAUCAGCUGGGAAGUCGAUGAUCCGGAUAAUCCUCACAACUGGUCAACGUCCCGUAAAACCUUUGUCGUCCUGGUAUGUGUGAUGCUCGUCCUCAACUCCACCCUGUCCUCUGCCCUCCCCAGCAUGGCCAUCCCCAACAUCACGGCAGACUACGGCAUAAGCGAUGCCACGGAAAAUGUCCUACCAAUUAGUGUUUUCCUUAUUGGGUACAUAUUUGGCCCACUCAUCUGGGGGCCCCUGACGGAACAUUACGGACGAAGAAACCUCACCGUCGUGACGUUUGUAGUCUUUACACUAUUCACGAUGGCCUGUGGCCUGGCACCGAGUUGGGGGAGCUUUCUCGUGUUUAGAAUGAUCUGUGGUGCGUGUGCGGGAGCACCAAUUGCCAUUGUGGCCGGCAUAUUGGCCGAUGUUUUUGCCGAUCACAGGACUAGGGGGAGGGCGUAUGCUGUCUUCAUGGUGGCUACCCUCUGGGGACCCUUGUUCUCUCCCAUCAUUUCAGGCUACACGUCCAUGACCAUCGGAUGGCGGUGGGCGUUCUGGAUUGAUCUCAUGUUCGCCGGCUUCACGCUCCUCAUCAUAGCUUGGCUCCCAGAGACGUUUGGUCCUAUCCUCCUGGCACGGCGGGCCCAAAGGAUGCGCAAACAGGAUCCCGCCCAGCGCGUCAUCGCACCCCGAGAGCUCGAGGAAACGAGCCUCAGUCAGCUCCUAACCGUGGUCAUUACCCGACCGAUUCGCAUGCUGGCCUCUGAGCUCAUUGUUACAGCCACAUGCGCAUACCUGGCUCUCGUCUACGCCAUCUUCUACAUGUCCUUCCAGGCUUUCCCCAUCAUCUUCCACGACUUGUAUGGCCUCAAUCCGGGAGAGACUGGCCUGACGUAUCUCCUAAUCGGAGCAGGUGGCAUGGUCUCCCUCCCCGUCUUCUGGUACUGGGACGUUGCUCUUGUCAAGGCCCAAGUUCGUGGCUCGUGGUGGUCGAAACGCGAAGAGUCACGGCGCCUGCCGCUUGCGUGUAUGGGCGGCCCUCUCUUCGUCAUAUCUCUCUUCUGGCUAGGCUUCAGUGCAAAGAUAUCAAUCCCCUUUGUGGCGCCUAUGCUUGCGGGCAUCCCGUUCGGAAUGGGAUACAUGCUCAUCUUCAUGGCGCUGCUAAACUACUUGACGGAUUCGUAUGAGAUUUUCGCCGCGUCCGCCAACGCAGCUGCUUCGUGCUGCCGGUCCAUCCUCGCUGUCGUUCUGCCGCUCGCAACGACACACAUGUUCCGAGAGCUGGGGAUCGCGGGGGCGUGCUCCCUGAUUGGGGGGUUAAGCGCCGUGAUGUGUGUGAUUCCGUUUAUUUUCAUCUGGAAAGGACCAAGUAUUCGGGCCAGGUCAAAGUUUUGCAUUGCGUUGCGGGAGCAGAAGGAGGAGAUGCAGAGGAGAGCGGAUGCGCAGAGGGCGAGGUUGGAGAGGAUGAGGGCAGGCAAGGAGAGAAGGCAGAGUGUGAAGGAGGGGAACAAGACAGAGGAGGUCUGA